CCCACGGAAAGUGCUUGCACACUACAAAAAUAUAUAAAAAAAAAGAUAAAAUGCAAAAAUCCAAAUGGACUUAUCAAGGACUAAAACAACAUACUUGAAUUUUGCUAGUGCAAAUAAUAACAAACAUAGAAGACAGACGAAAUUCUAAGAAGACCUACCUCAAAUGCGGAGUAGACCAAGCUAAGAUGCGAUCGAAAGGCAUUUGGCAUAAGACCCUUUAAACAAAAAUUACAUAUCAUCACUUGACACAUAUAACUUUGUACUGGACUGUAGUGAUUGUAUUCCUGGAAGUGUUAUUACUAAAAACAAAUGCAUAUAUUUCCCAUUAAGUCUACAUAGUUUUUCUAUUUAAACAAUGUACUUAAAGUACACUUUAGAUCAUUGUAGGAGAGAAUACAAACUGCAAGGCUAUAAUAUAUACUUUCUCCAAAGUAAAGGAUACACUUUAGAAUUAAUCAAGAUUUAGGUAGUAAAGUAGAGACCAGAAAUAUUUAGUAACUUCUCCAAUCGGUUUGAUUUGUCAUCCCAAAUUAGCGAUUACAGUCACAGGCACUUGGCGAAUAAACAACGCCGAUUAUUAUCUGCGCUUUCAAAAUGCAGCUAUCAAUUGAGCCCAUCAUCGAUAGAUGAGGCCCUUGACGUCUGCCAAAAACACAAAAGACAAACCUCUGAAUAUAUGUCUAUAUAUAUUUGUAUAUAUAUAUGCAUAUAAAUGUCCGAUUUCCCGUCUCUUGAACACACGACACGGGUCGGCUGCAGGGCGAUAAAAUGCAGUGUCAGUUGAAGUGCUUGAUUAGGCGAUUUGCGAGCAGCUCUUUGCCUGCAAUUAGAAACGGCAACCGCAAACACUGUCAAAUAAUCGGAAAGUCAGGGGCGUCUGAUGGUAAGAGGGGGUUCUUGCUGUCAUUCACAAACCCCAUGGGGGUGGUGCUUGAAAAAUGAUUUACACGCGCAAAAUCAUAAAUUAUGCCCAUUAUCGAGUGGCGGCACCGGAAGCAACGACAAAUGCAGAUGACAUGCUGCCAACGAUUGCAGCAGCGAUGAUUGGGAGAGUUUGAUUGCAAGUUUGAUUGAGAUUUUCGGAUUGGCAUUGGUGUAUUGAUGAUAUCGAUGGGAUGUUGGCCAAGACAAGGCUUUAUGAACCCAAACCCAUUGCCUGUGCUUUUUCGAGCGACUCUUAUCAGUCCAGUUAACGUCAUUCAAUCCCAUCCAAUGAGAAAUCCCAACCACUUCCAAUUCCAAUUCAAUUUCGAAUUUCACAUUUUCAAUCACACACCGGCACACACACCUGGUGUUUGAUUGAAAGCAGCGACACUUUCAAUGCUAAUGAGCCACAAUUCCGUUACCCAUAACCGCAGGCGAUUCAGUUCGCGUCGGUCUUCGUUGGGCAUCGCACGGUUAAACGCUGCCGGGUCUCAAGAAAUUUAAAAUACUAAAGUUUAACACCUGGAAUAUAUACAUACCUGGUGCCCAUGCCAAGCGUUGCGAUUAUCGUACGAUUCUACGUCCGGUUCUGUCCGAUUUUGUCUGGCCUUAAUUAAAAAUAUCGUUUUUUGCGCACUGAUAAACGCGGUGGCAACGCAAAAGGGAAGUCGCGUGCUCAAGAUACAAUCGGAUAUAUAUUAUAUAUAUAUCUUUUUUGGCCAAUACAAUGCGUAAAAGUGAUAUUUUUAAUGGCUUCAACCUGCUGAUCCUGUUUGUGGUCUCUUUGGCAUUGUCCUGCGGUUCAGGCCAAGCCCUGGAAGCCAAAUGCGAUGAGAAGCAGUUUCAGUGCCACAGCGGUGACUGUAUACCCAUUCGAUUUGUGUGCGAUGGCGAUGCGGACUGCAAGGAUCACAGUGACGAACAGGUCAAGGAGUGUAAAUUUAUAGAGGCCACCUGCUCAACGGACCAAUUUAGAUGCGGCAAUGGCAAUUGCAUACCAAAUAAAUGGCGCUGCGAUCAAGAGCACGAUUGUGCCGAUGGUUCCGAUGAAACCCCCGAAUUGUGCAGAGCCCGCACCUGUUCGCCGGAUGAAUAUGUCUGCAAAAGUGGAGAGGGACAGUGUGUUCCUUUGGCCUGGAUGUGUGAUCAGAGCAAGGACUGCAGCGAUGGCUCCGAUGAGCACAACUGCAACCAAACCUGUCGCUCCGAUGAGUUCACCUGCGGCAAUGGACGUUGCAUCCAGAAGCGUUGGAAGUGCGAUCAUGACGAUGACUGCGGCGAUGGUUCCGAUGAGAAGGAGUGCCCGGUGGUGCCCUGUGACCAGGUGGCGGAGCACACCUGCACCAACGGGGCCUGCAUUGCCAAGCGGUGGGUCUGCGAUGGAGAUCCGGACUGUUCCGAUGGCUCCGAUGAGCGGGCCUGUGCAAAUGUCACCAAAACCGCUACACCCUGCUUGCCGCAUGAGUAUCAGUGCAAGGACCGCAUCACCUGUUUGCAUCACAGUUGGCUCUGCGAUGGUGACCGGGAUUGUCCUGAUGGCGAUGAUGAGCACACCGCCAAUUGCAAGAAUGUAACCUGUCGAGCGGAUCAGUUCCAGUGCGGAGAUCGCAGCUGCAUUCCAGGACAUCUCACCUGCAAUGGGGACAAGGACUGUGCCGAUGGCAGUGAUGAGCGUGACUGCGGUCUGAGUUUGAGUCUGGGAUCGGAGCAGGGAGCCUGCAACACCACCAGUGAGUUCGAUUGCGGCGGUGGUCAGUGUAUCCCCCUUUCCAAAGUCUGCGAUAAGCGAAAGGAUUGUGCCGAUGGCGAGGAUGAGCCGGCAGGGAAGUGUGGUGUCAAUGAGUGUGCCUCAAAGAAUGGCGGUUGCAUGCACCACUGUGUGGAUCUGAUGGUGGGUCACCGUUGCGAGUGCCACGAGGGUUACACGUUGUCUGCGGAUAAGAGGAAUUGCCAGGACAUCAAUGAGUGCGACACUCCAGGAAAGUGCUCACAGAUAUGCGUCAACGAAAUUGGUGGAUUCAAGUGCGAGUGCGAAGCGGGUUACAUGAGAGAUCCCCGGAAUCACACCAGAUGCAAGGCCAGCGAGGGUCAUGCCUCAUUACUCUUGGCCAGGCGUCAUGAUAUCCGAAAGAUAGCUCUGGAUCACAUGGAAAUGACCUCAAUUGUGAAUAGUACAAAGGCAGCCACAGCUUUGGAUUUUGUCUUCCGCACGGGAAUGAUCUUCUGGAGCGAUGUGACCACACAGAGCAUCUACAAGGCACCUAUAGACGAGGGUAGCGAGAAGACUGUGGUGCUGAAGCAAUCUUCGGUUACCUCGGAUGGUCUGGCAGUGGAUUGGAUUUACAAUCAUGUCUACUACACAGACACCCACAAGUGCACCAUCGAACUAACCAAUUUCGAGGGCAGCAUGGGCAAGGUGCUGGUGGAGGACUCUCUGGACAUUCCGCGUUCCAUUGCCCUGGAUCCCAUUGAGGGUUGGAUGUACUGGUCCGACUGGGGUGCCUCGCCGCGCAUCGAGAGGGCAGGCAUGGAUGGCUCCCAUCGCACCACCAUUAUUAGCUACGAUGUCAAGUGGCCCAAUGGUAUUACCUUGGAUUUGGUGAGGAAGCGACUGUACUGGGUGGAUGGCAAGCUGAACAUUAUAUCGUCGGCAAAUUAUGAUGGCUCCCAGCGGCGUCAGGUGCUCUACUCCGGCGAAUACCUGCGACAUCCCUUCUCCAUUACCACAUUCGAGGAUUAUGUCUACUGGACCGACUGGGACAAGCAGGCAGUCUUCAAGGCGAAUAAAUUCACAGGGGAAGAUGUUGAGCCUGUGACAGCAGUGCAUAUGCUCCAGCAUCCCAUGGUGGUGCACGUUUACCAUCCGUACCGUCAGCCCGAUGGCGUUAACCACUGUCAGUCGGUCAAUGGUCAUUGCUCCCAUCUCUGCCUGCCAGCACCGAGGAUUAACGAGCGGAGUCCUCGCAUAUCCUGCGCCUGCCCCACGGGCCUGAAGCUGAUGGCCGAUGGCCUCAUGUGCGUCGAGGACCAUCUUUAUGUGGCUCCCAGCACGAUACCCCCACGAGCCCGCAAAACGAAACCGAAACCAAAGUUUCCUGGGCGGAGAUUGCCCACCGGUGUAAAGGUGGGACAUGGUGACCAUCGGAUAGGAGUAAAAGAUGAUCUCAGGCUGACCACAAGGUUGCCCCUCUUGGCGGCGGGCAUUUUCGUUGCCGACCAGCGUCCAGUGAAAAAUCAAACCCAAAUCGAACAAACCACAGCUCCCAGUCCGCAGCCGGAUUCUGGCUUCAUAGCGCUGGUGGUUAUAGCCAGUCUCAGUGGUUUUGCAGUCCUGCUAUCGGUGCUCCUGCUCAUUGGCUAUCGCUACUGCAGCAAGCGACGCAUCAAUUCGAUGAACUUUGAGAAUCCCAUCUACCGGAAGACAACCACCACAGAGGAUCACUUCAGUUUGCGCAAGAAUCUGCCGGCAAGGAUCUACGAUCAUACCAGUGUUAUGGAUGAGGAGUACUCACCCGUCAUUGGCAUAUCCUCGUAUUAGUUUGAUACCCAUUUUAUUCGGCAUCAUCGUGUGUCAUGCAAAUAGGAUGAUUCUUUCGCUUGGUCCUUGGGAAAGAUGAAAGACCAAAGUUGACACGAGACCCGCGGCUUAAAAACAACAACAACAACACGCCUGAAGACUGAGCAACUCUGUGUAUUGUGUAAAUUAAUUAUUUUAAAAUUUUAAGGCACGGCAAGGACAAGGCGGGUCACUUAGGGGGGCGCAUCCUCAAAGGAUGCUGUACAAAAUACUAUGUCGCAGAGUUCUAUCACAAAACAAAAACAAAACAAAAAGAGAGAAAUUAGUAACGAGAAACGUAAAACAAAUGGAGAUGUUUAAGAGAAAUUUAAUUGCUAAUUAUAAAUUACAUAGUUCCAAACUGUAUAUAGCUGUAAGUGUGCAUUAUUUUUAAAUGAAGCGAAUUAACUAUAACUAUACGUAUAUAUGUAUGACAAGAACAACAAAAACGAAACCAAGGAUCAUAAUGAUUAUGGUCUACUAUUAGAGCAAGUUGAGAAAUUAUAUUUCUGUUGAUGUGAAAACAGAAUCGUUUUAUUAUAUAUUACCAUUAUUACUACAUACGUAUUAGCCUUUUGUUAACUGUAUUUGUUAAGUGUACAUACAUAUGUAUAUGUUUUCCCACUAAAAGAUACAUGAUUAAUAAUAAUAAACUCAAAUAUACUUAUGUGUAGUGUA